UGUCUCCCCCUGUCUGUCUGUCUCUAUCCUCCCUCCCCCUUUCGCCUCGAAACCUCAGUUUCCCCAUCCAUCAAACGAGGGGGCUGGACCAGAGCUCUAAGGUCCCCUCCAGCUCUGCCUCCUAUGCCUUGUAGUCAGGGGACGUGAUCUGGGAUUAGAGUUCCAGCUCUGUCACUGACGAGCUGUGGGACUUCUGGUCUAUUCCUUCUCCUCUCUCACCCCGAGCAUCCUCAUCUGUCAGAUCAGGGGCCGGAGGAAGAGCGCUCUGGGGUCCCUCGCAGCUGCAUACGCUGGGACCUUCAAGGCUGCUGAGAAAGAAGUUCUGAGGUUGGGGUUCCUCCCUUCCUUCAUCCCUUCCUUCCUCCGGGUCUCACCGCUAGCUCGGGGUUGGUGGAGGAAGGGGGCCGGCUGAGGGAGUCUCUGCUGCCUACAUAAUUGUCCGAACCCGAGAGCCACGCAGUUUCGGGGAGGGUGAUUUGGAGAUUUAGUCAGGCCGGGGAUGCAAGAAAAUGGUCCAGACGACCCAAGAAGACCCGAGCCAGCCCUGGAGCCGGUGAUUUCCCCCGAGCCUUGCGGCCCCGGGGUUCCACGCUCUUCUGAAGUCAGUCCUCAGGUCCCAGUGACCAAGAUGGCGGCCAAACAACCUCCACCCCUCAUGAAAAAGCAUAGCCAGACGGACCUGGUGAGCCGCCUGAAGACCCGAAAGAUCCUUGGAGUGGGAGGAGAGGAUGAUGAUGGAGAAGUGCACCGUUCCAAGAUCAGCCAAGUGCUGGGAAACGAAAUCAAGUUUGCUGUCCGGGAGCCUUUGGGGCUCAGGGUCUGGCAGUUUGUGUCAGCUGUGCUCUUUUCUGGGGUUGCCAUCAUGGCCCUCGCCUUUCCCGAUCAGUUGUUCGACGCUGUCUUUGAUGGAGCCGAGGUGAACAGCAAAACUCCAAUCCGUCUCUAUGGAGGAGCGCUCCUCAGCAUCUCUCUCAUCAUGUGGAAUGCCCUCUACACGGCCGAGAAGGUCAUCAUCCGCUGGACCCUGCUCACCGAGGCCUGCUAUUUUGGGGUGCAGUUCUUAGUCACCACCGCCACCCUGGCAGAGAAUGGGCACGUCUCCCCAGGGGCCCUGUUCCUCCUUGCCAGCCGCCUCAUCUUCAUCCUCGUCAGCAUUUACUACUAUUACCAAGUGGGCCGGAGAGCCAAGAAGGCCUAGGAGCCCCGCCGCCCCUGGGCGGAGGAUGUCAGGGCUGGGGAGACCUGCCUGGGCUGCCCUGGCACAGGGGCCCAUUGGGAGAUUUUACUUUUUGGUUUGUCUUUUUCGUCUACUAGAUGGGGAGCCCUCUCCCCGUCCCCAGAGGGCUCACUCCUGGCUCUGGCUCAGUGAGUUUUCACGUCCCAACCAGCCCCUGGCCCUAGAAUCGGAGCCACCCUUGACCCCGACAGCUGGGACCACCGUGUAGCCGCCGGCUUUCCCCCUGAGAGAUCUCUCUGGACACAAGUAGGUACCCGAGACUUCCCAAGAAAGGAAAGGAGCUGGUCUAGACUUUGAGGACUCAGGAGCAACAGUGAUAGUGUGGGAAGAACCCUGGAUUUCGAGGCAGGAGACUCUAGAGGUCAAAGCCUGGUUUUUGUCCUUACUCGUGUGACCUUGGCUCAGUCACUUGAUAACCCUCAGUGUUUUUCUCAUGUAUAAAAUGAGGAGGUUGUUCUUGAUGAUCUCCGAGGGCUCUCUCUGGCUCCAAAUCCCAUGACCCGUGUCUAGAUCAGACAACUGAAGGUCCCUGGGGGUAAACAAAAGCAUCUCUUCUCUUUCUACUGGGACAGACUGGACAUAGGGGCGGGAUGACAGGCCCACCUUCGCCCACUGGGCACCUCCAGCCUUGGGGCUUCUGCUGGUCACUGCUGCCGAAUCCCCAAAUCUCAGAGUCGGCUCUCCCAUUCCAAGCUACACGAGGGUUGGAGACCAGCGGAGGGAGAAGGGAACAGCCCCAUCCGUGGGCUCGGCAGAGAUCUGGGGGCUACUCCCACAUCCUUUGGAAGGAAGGAUUUCCAGGGACCCAAAAGCUGCCCCGGGGAUGUUCUCCCGAGCCCUCCAGAAACCUCGACCUGGGUUCAGAGCUGAGGGUUUCUCCUUGUCCUUCCAUGGCCGACUAUUCCAGGUCAUCCAGCAUCCAAGUUACCCUUAGUUUUGGGGGACACUCCAUAUUAGAACUCUUGUGUAGAAAUCCCCUUUGCUCAUGACCGUCCCUCCCCUGAAGCUGAGCUCUGGUCUCACCCAAAAUGGCUUCUCAGCUACUGCCAGCCUACGGACGGGGCUUGGAGGGGGUAUUCACUGACCAGUGACUGUAAACACAAUACAAAAGGCAGGGCUGGGUAGUUCUAUGGGUAGGAAAUGUCCCUUUGGGGGUUUGCCAUCCCUUCUGAAGAUGGGUUGUUUCUGGGCAUGAGUUAAAGACGGGAAAAGAGAUAUAUUACCCCAUUACCCCAGUGCAGAGAUUCUAGGGUUUCAUCCGGACCCCCAAAGGUAAAUGAGACCGUGAUUGGGAGAAGACAACACACCCUGUGGGGGAUUCCACUUUAACAAUAGCCCUCCACGCUGAGACUGCCAUGUGAACAUUGGGCCAAGGGCUCUCCCGGCCCCCAAUCCCUGCCAUUCUGAAGACCACCUCAUCCUCACCCCGCCCCCCCAAUAAACCUUCCUUAACUUCCCUUAUCCCUGUUCCACUCCCUGGAUAGGGACACUGGCGAACUCCCCCCGACUCCAGCUGUCAUUGACGGGCUCCCUGGAUCAGAGUUUUGUAAAUAGUAGAAUUAGAAUAUGCAAAAAAGAGGAAGACCCCCCCAUCCUUUCUGCAAAUUGCACCGGUCCCCUGUGUUUGCCCCCUGUGAAAGCCCCUUCCUCCUCGGCCCUCCGGCCCAGCAGGCAGUGGGGCCCAGCCUCCUGCCUCCCCUCUUGUCUCCUUUUCCAGCCUCUUUCCUCAUUUUGGUUUUCAUGCUUCAAAGGUGCCUUUAGAGCAGGAAAUUCAGCGACUUGCGUUCUAUUCCAGAAGGACUCAAAUGUUGCCUGUGUAUCUGUCUUUUUUUCCCCUUUGGGUGUUGCAAGACUUUGUUCUCCAAACCUGAUACCUCAGUAGCAGAAAUAAACAAAAUCCGUUUGGUCAAAA